UGUUAAUUCAUGCGGAUGACAGAGAAUCAUGCACGAGGUCUGCUAUCAUUGGAUUCUUUAGAUCAGCAACAGGGAGUUAAAACUAACAUCAGUGAGAGAGAGCAUCUGCUUUGACGUUCAUUCUUUUGGUGGGGUCAGUCAUGACCCCAAGGUUAUCAAAGCAAGUUUCAAGAAGGUGGCACAUGUCCAAGUCCAAGCUUUGAGAGCCUUUUGGGGAUUGCACACACUUGGGACAUCCAACGAAUGGGGCCAUGGUGAAAAGUGUCAAUCAAUCAUGUCCAGUGACUGCCCCAGCCAGGGAAAAGUAGAUCCAAGAAACUGCAGAUGCUGAAGGCUGUUCAUGGUGGACUGUAGCCUGUUGGCCAUAAGAUCACAGUAGCCGUCGAAGUAUACUGCCAUCAUGCAUACACGACGAUUCAUCACAGAUGUUGUCAUUGCUUUCACCAAUGAGCCAUUUAUUGUCCAUGAUUCUGAGGGGUUGGUGACCGAGAAAGAGGCGUAGGAUCGUCUCCAGUGGCCACCCUGGUUCUAAAAGCAGACAAUUCCAGUAUCAGAGCCGUCCACUGGCAUGGGCCCCGCGAUUGACGGUGGUACGACGACCGCCACGCCUCCGUCUUUUUCUGCUUCCCUCGCGCGCGCUCUUAUUCCACUGCUCUGGUGAAGGAGGUCAGACUCCGGGACCAUGGUGGAGUCCUCGAGGCGGCACGGGAAGGGAAGCCGAAGCCCCACGUCCGGUGCAGGUGCCGCCGCCUCUUCUGAUGCUCCUCCUCCGGAGCGGGAGACGGGGAAGAUGCGGAUCGUGGACUUCCUCCACGAGCCUCACGAAGGGGACGACGUACCGGGCGAUUUCGGGUCUCCGCAAAGGGGAGACCUUUUCUCUAUUGAUUCUUCGGGUAGCCCCCCGCGGAAGUUCCUCCCUAGAUGGCGGCUCUUUCCCUUCCGGAAGCCGUCGCUCUGCAGCCGCGGUGGAGAGACGAGACCGGGAUCGGGCCAUACGGUGCCGUCACCUCAUAAGAAGAUGAAGGGGAGGGAAAGAGGAGCGGAGCAGGAGGAGGAUGCAAAAGAAAAGUCGAAGAUGGCUGAGGGGAUCGACGGAAGGGAUUGCGUCCGCUCGCUGGACCCUCCCGCAGGACCUAGGAAACCUGAAGAUGUAUCUUUUAACCUAGGAAUGGGAAUAGGUAUGGCUCUCGCACUGUCCAGGUGGUCCACCGAAUUCAACAAAAUGACAGAGCUCCGGGUUCAAAUGGAAAUGUUGCUCAAAGAAAUUAAAGAAGAAAUCCCAAAGAAAGACACUGGUUUUGGCAUCAUAAGAUCAAACCAUAAUUUUGUCUCUUCAUUAUCGGAUUGUAGCAGGGAUGUCAGUGAAUACAACCCUAUCUCCUUCCAAAAUCACAGGGCAGAUUUUCAUAUGGAAGAGGCGAAGUCAACCGUGGAAUCUGAUAGGCAUUCAAAUAAUGAGCUUGACAAUGAGAACCAAAGUAUGGAUCAACUGGAAGCAGAGCUAGCAUUCGAACUAGGGCAGUUGCAACUAAGCUUAGGAGGGAAGGAUUCUAUGAAACUCUCAGAACAGGAGAGAAUGGAGUUAGCCCAUGAAGAGGCAAGUACUUCUGAAAGCCAUGAACCUUCAGAUGAAAACCACAAUGUUCAUUGUGGUGUUCCUGCAAGCGAACUGGAGAGAAGGUUAUACGAACUUAUAUGCUCGAGACAAGAGGAACGGAUUGCAGAGUUAGAGUCUGCACUGGAAUUCACCAGGAAAAGGCUCGUUGAAAAAGAAAUCAAAGUUUCUUGGUGGAAGGACACAGGGAUGCUUGCUUCACCUUCGCUACAACACGAAGAAGAGAUGCUUUCUGUAAAUUUGUGUGAUAGUGAGAGAGAGAGAGAGAGAACAUGAAAUCUUCUCAUCAUUGGUUGAUUUGGAGUGGCACAGAAGAGCAAGGAGAUCUUGCAUGAAACGCUGGAACCUGGAGUGCCGUUGCUGGUGUUCUGUGACAUGGUGAGAGACGGUAUGAUGCUGCGGCUUGAUCUUGAUAAUGCAUCCAAGAUGAAGAGGUCACUGUUGCAGCUUAGAUGGUUCAGAUUCCUCGAUGCCUGCCCGCAUGGUAAGAGCAAGUAAAAUGCAGAUCUAUCCCAUCAUUAUUGACAUGUAUCACCUGAAAGUUUCUCGGGCUACCUUCACCAUGUAGAGUGAGGCUUGUCAAAAGGUGACGCCACGAUCUUUCUUCUUGUCCUUCUGAUGUUUGCUGUACUGCAGAGCUUUUAGUCAUUAAGCAGGUCAGGUUGGUAACGA